CAGCCCUGAGCGCUUCACCACAUUAUGACAGCGCCGUCCUUGCAGCAGCCCCAGGAACUAGGUGCGGUUCUUACCCCCAUUUCACAGAGAGGCUCUCUCAAGCACAUCCCUGGCCCGCCGCGAUCCCGCAGCCCGGGGGUGGCAGGGCGCAGCCCAAGCCUGGGGCUCUCGGAGGGGCGUGUCCGCGUCUCCGCGCCGGGACCCCAGCCCGAAGCACCGUCCCAGCCCCGCCCGCCCGCCGGGCCGCAGCCGCAGUGCCGGGAGGAGACGGCCCCUCGUCCAGACACCACGCCAGAUUUUUCUUAACACGCAAGUGCGCCGCCCGCCCGCUCUGAUCCAGAACCAGAGAAUCCGCCAUGCGAAGACGCUCCCGGAGACCCCGCCCAGCCAGUGCCUGGAAUUCCACCACCAGCGCUUUAUUCCGAGUUUCAGUGCUGUCCUGGGUUAACCUGAAAGCAAUCUCCGAGGCUCCCCUUUCUGGCUUUCGGGGAGCCAGAGACUGACCGGACACUUGGCUCUGCAGGUGCAGACCUGGGCCAGAGAGAGAGACAGCCAAGGAAGUCCACAGUGGAGAGAUGGCUGUGCUGGGGGUUCCAGGAAGACUUCCUGGAGGAGGGAAUCUUGGAGCUAGGCCUUGAAGACGAGUUUGUCAAAUGAGGAAGGGCAUCCGAAGCCGAGGGAACGGCAGGAGGGAACGCUGGGGAGGGGAGAGAAUCUGGAGAAUUCCGGAAAAAGCAAGUAGGACUCUUUCCAGAAGUUUGGGCAAGAUUUUCCCUGGACCAGGGCGUGGGUUCUUCAGUACUCAUCCCUCCCGGUCACUGAGAUGCUCUGAGUUUCCGGUCUGAACCUGAACGUAAAGAGGUGUAGUCCCUCCUUUCUUGAACGGGAAAACUGAACGCACAUAGGUCCUUGCCACGCCUAAGGCUGCGGAGUGAGCAGAUGGAAAAUGAGGGACUCAAAACCUCUCCUCGCUGUAAUUUGCACUGCCCUGUGCCAAGCUCUGUCCUUUCUUCCGUUCCUUAUUCCUAUUGUCAGCCUCGCUGCGCUAGGACCCUAAAAAUUUGGUCUCAUGUUGCCCGGGGAACAACAUUUCGCUACACCUACCUUCAUAGCGCCUCCCGCUCCCUCUCUCCGUUGCACCAGCCAAUGGAAGCGAGGAUCUUCAGACUGUGGGCGGGACGUAUCCUAAGAUUGUGCACGCGCCGGAGCAGCGGCGCACCAGCCCCCGGCUCCGGCGCCACCAUCUUCGCUCUAAGCUCUGGCCAAGGCCGCUGCGGCAUCGCGGUGAUCCGGACCAGCGGACCCGCCAGCGGCCACGCCCUCCGAAUUCUCACGGCACCCCGAGACCUGCCCCCUGCUCGCCACGCCAGCCUGCGCCUCCUCAGCGAUCCCCGCUCCGGGGAGCCUCUGGACCGCGCACUGGUGCUCUGGUUCCCAGGUCCCCAGAGUUUCACCGGUGAGGACUGCGUGGAGUUCCACGUGCAUGGAGGCCCGGCAGUGGUGAGCGGCGUCCUGCAGGCCUUGGGUAGUGUGCCAGGGCUUCGACCGGCAGAGGCAGGCGAGUUCACCAGGCGGGCGUUCGCCAAUGGGAAGCUGAACCUGACCGAAGUGGAGGGGCUGGCGGACCUUAUCCACGCAGAAACCGAGGCGCAGCGGCGGCAGGCCCUCAGGCAGCUGGACGGGGAGCUGGGCCACCUCUGCCGUGGCUGGGCCGAGACCCUCACCAAAGCUCUAGCCCACGUGGAGGCCUAUAUCGAUUUCGGUGAGGAUGACAACCUGGAGGAGGGGGUCCUGGAGCAAGCCGACAUCGAAGUACGGGCACUGGAGGUGGCCCUGGGUGCACAUCUACGAGAUGCCAGACGUGGGCAGAGGCUCCGCUCAGGGGCGCACGUAGUGGUCACUGGACCCCCCAAUGCCGGCAAGAGCAGCCUAGUGAACCUGCUCAGUCGGAAACCUGUGUCCAUCGUGUCCCCGGAGCCAGGGACCACCCGUGACGUGCUGGAGACCCCCGUCGACCUGGCCGGAUUUCCUGUGCUGCUGAGCGACACGGCUGGGUUGCGGGAGGGCGUGGGGCCCGUGGAGCAGGAGGGCGUGCGGCGCGCCCGGGAGAGGCUAGAGCAGGCUGACCUCAUUCUGGCCAUGCUGGACGCCUCUGACCUGGCCUCUCCCUCCAGUUGCAACUUCCUGGCCACCGUCGUAGCCUCUGUGGGAGCCCAGAGCCCCAGUGACAGCAGCCAGCGCCUCCUCCUGGUGCUGAACAAGUCGGACCUGCUGUCCCCGGAGGGCCCAGGUCCCGGUCCUGACCUGCCCCCGCACCUGCUGCUGUCCUGUCUGACGGGAGAGGGGCUGGACGGCUUCCUGGAGGCACUGAGGAAGGAGCUAGCUGCAGUGUGUGGGGACCCGUCGACAGAUCCCCCACUGCUGACCCGAGCAAGGCACCAGCACCACCUCCAGGGUUGCCUGGAUGCCCUUGGCCACUACAAGCAGUCAAAAGACCUGGCCCUGGCGGCAGAGGCGCUGCGGGUGGCCCGGGGUCACCUGACCCGGCUCACAGGUGGAGGGGGUACCGAGGAGAUCCUGGACAUCAUCUUCCGGGACUUCUGUGUGGGCAAGUGAUGGGAUCCGGGGAAGUCGCACCCAAGCUGCAUGGAGACCCAGGAGCCUCGGGGGAUCUGGAAACAGUUUAGGCCAAUUGGGAUUCUCAUUUGCCUGGGAAAGAACUUGAUUCUCAAACAGUGAAGCAACACAGCUGAGAAAGAACUUGAUUCUCAAACAGUGAAGCAACACAGCUGAGAGGUAGUGAGAUCCCUGCAGGGACUCCCUGGAGAUUCAGGGCCUGGAAUGGGGCUGAAUGGAGGUCCCGUUCGACUCGAUGCUGGGGCAUCCGGGUUGGGAUGGAGAUAGGAGGAUCUCAGUGUAUUUGUUUUGUAGUUUUUAAUUUAUUUUGCAAAUACCAAAGGAAUGUAAAAAAAACUCAGGUGAUCUAGAAGUUUUUAUUUUCUUCCCUUCCCUUCCCUUUCCCCUUCCCCUUCCCCUUCCCCUUCCCCUUCCCCUUCCCCUUCCCUUCCCCUACCCUUCCCUUCUCUGUCUAUUGCCCAGGCUGGAGUGCAGUGGUGCGACCUUGGCUCAUUGCAACCUCUGUCUCCCGGGCUCAAGCGCUUCUCCUGCCUCAGCCUCCUGAGUAGCUGGGAUUACAGGCAUGUGCCAGCAUGCCUGGCUAAUAUUUUUUUUUGAGACAGAGUCUCGCUCUGUCACCCAGUCUGGAGUUCAGUGGUGGGACCUCGGCUUACUGCAACCUCCGCCUCCCGGGUUCAAGCGAUUCUCCUGCCUCAGCCUCUUGAGUAGCUGGGACUACAGGCCCACGCCACCAGGCCCGGCUAAUUUUUGUAUUUUUAGUAGAGACAGGGUUUCACCAUGUUGACCAGCCUGGUCUUGAACUCCUUGACCUCAGGUAAUCUGCCCAUCUCGGCCUCCCAAAGUGCGGGGAUCACAGGCGUGAGCUACCACGCCUGGCCCCAGAAGUGUUUCAACAUGGAAAUUUUCCUUAGCCCUUCUCCGGUUGUCAUGGCUUAAUGUGUGUCUUUCCAGAACUUUGAAUGUUUGCAUACUUGUGGAUGUACCUUUCAAAUAUGUUUGUCUUGUGUAUCAUAUAUAAAUAGUAUUGUGUUCAUUGCUCUACAAA